GAAAUAUGGAGUAGAGAUAAUUUUAUACAACACUGCACUGGGUCACAUGCACUAGCUGGAUCAUCACAUGCGCCCUGCUCCAGCUCACCAUGACUGGACUCGAGAGAUGGUCUCCUUCUGUGCCCAAAGCAUUGCUUGAGCGCACCGUGGUGGGAGUUGCUCCUUGGAGAAUCCUCUCCUCUUAUGUCAAACUAUUAGUGGGCGUGUCCCUCAAGGCCCAGGAUCAUGUGAUCACAGCCCACCUCCCUUCACUCCAACGCCACGCCCCCUCCUAUGAUCUCCUCGUGGUUGGUGGGGGUAUUGUUGGCAUGGCAACUGCUCGUGAGUUGGCCCUUCGUUACCCAGAGAUGUCCAUAGCCCUCGUAGAGAAAGAGCCACGACUGGCGAUGGGUCAGACAGGGCACAACAGUGGAGUGAUUCAUAUGGGCCUCUACUACACUCCCGGGUCCCUCAAGGCACGCUUGUGUGUGAGGGGGGCAGACCUCAUCUACCAGUACAUGGACAAGAGGGGCAUACCAUACAACAAGUGUGGGAAGGUGAUUGUUGCCACGGACGAUGACGAGGUAAAUCGUCUGAGAGCCCUCUAUACACGAGCUUUGGUCAACGGCUGUAAAGACAUUCGCCUCGUGAAUGCUGAGGAGUUGAAGAGCAUCGAACCUCACUGUGUGGGGAAGAUGGCCAUCCACUCACCACACACUGGCAUAGUGGACUGGUCGAGGGUGACCCGGGCUUAUGCUGAAGACUUCACCAAGGCUGGUGGACGCAUCCACACCAGCUAUGAGGUGUGUGGGUUUGACAAGGCAGAGGAGGACAACAUUGCAGUCCAAGCCAAGAAUGGAGAAACACUGAGGGCUAAAUGGAUCAUCUCGUGCUGUGGGCUGUACUCUGACAGAGUGGCCAUGAUGUCCGGGUCACCAGCUGAGCCUAAAGUGGUUCCAAUCAGAGGAGAGUAUCUCGUUCUUGAUUCAAGCAAGUGCCACCUCGUCAAAGGAAACAUCUACCCAGUUCCCAAUCCUCAAUUCCCGUUCCUUGGGGUCCAUUUCACGCCACGUAUGGAUGGCUCCGUAUGGGUGGGUCCCAAUGCUGUGCUGGCAUUCUCCCGAGAGGGCUACUCAUACACUGACAUCUCCUGGACUGACCUCAAGGAAAUGCUCUGCUUCAGUGGUCUUCGUAAGCUUAUGGUCAAGCACUGGCAGUUUGGAGCUGGUGAGAUGUGGAGGAGUCUCAAUAGACGUGCUCAACUGAAGCGUGUCAAGAAAUUCAUCCCUGGGCUGACACUGUCUGACCUACAGCCUGGUCCGAGUGGUGUGAGGGCUAUGGCUAUGGACAGUACAGGUUCCAUGAUGGGAGACUUUGUGUUUGAUCAAGGUCAAGGAGAGGUGGGACAAAGGAUGCUUCAUGUACGCAAUGCUCCGUCACCAGGGGCAACCUCAUCUCUGGCCAUAGCGGAGAUGGUGGCUGAUAAAGCAGCCAACACUUUCAAGUGGACCACCUAACUAUAAGACAGACUGUAUAUAAUAAUAUAAUUAUGGUAUCAUGUUGUCGUUAUGUUUCAAGAAAAUUAAUAGUUAUUGUUUUUUAAUAAUUGGAAUUUUUUAUUAAUUUCAGGUAGUGACAAAAAAUAAUUAUAAAUUUAUUGAGAAGUAUAACAUGA